AUGAAAGCCAAGCGGAAUUUUGUUAUUCUGCUGGUUGUAGGAUUUAUCUUAGGAUUUUGGAUUCGUUCUACAAGAUGGAUAACUCUUCAACAAUUAAAUAUUAAUUCUCUAAGUUGCCUUUCUUUUACUGACAAUAACAAUUUUCUAACAACUAAUUCUACUAUUGAUAAUGAAAAAUCUACACAAUUAUUACUUGUUGGUGUAAUGACAGCUCAAAAAUAUGUUAAUACUCGUGCAUACAAUAUUUGGAAAACAUGGGGACAAAAAAUUCCUGGAAAAAUAAUUUUUUUUGUUGCUGAGGAAACUACUGUUGAUUAUCCUGAUAUGCCUGUUGUCAAAUUAAAAGGUGUUGAUGAUACUUAUCCACCACAAAAAAAAAGUUUUUCUAUGAUUAGAUGGAUGUAUGACAAUCACUUAAAUGAUUUCCAUUGGUUUAUGAGAGCUGACGAUGAUCUUUAUGUUAGACAUGAAGAGAUUGAAAAACUUCUUAGAUCAUUAGAUCCUGAUAAAGCUUAUAUGCUUGGUCAAGCAGGAUUAGGAAAUAGUGCAGAAUAUGGUCUUUUAGCUCUAGGAUCUCAAGAUAAUUAUUGUAUGGGUGGUCCUGGUGUUGUUUUUUCACGAGAAAGUAUUCGUGCUGUAGCACCACAUUUACAAAAUUGUCUUUUGAAUCUUUUAACAGGUCAUGAAGAUGUAGAACUUGGAAGGUGUUUUAAACGACAUGUAGGUAUACCAUGUACAUGGAGUUAUGAAAUGCAAAUAUUAUUUCAUAAUAAUCAAACAGCAACAAAUACUAUUUCUGGUGAAUUAAAACAACUUCGAAGUGCUAUUACUUUACAUCCACUUAAAAAUCCUGCAAAUAUGAGAAAAGUUCAUAUUAAAGCAUUAACACUUCAAUUAAAUGAAUUAAGAGCAAAACGAUUAGCUUUAAAAAAUGUAUUGAGUAAAGAAUUAAUAGAACAUCGUAAUGUAUUAAAUCGUAAAGUAAAUAAUAAUACAUAUGAUCUUAAAGAAUGGGAUUAUCUUGCAUCUAAUAGUAUAUUAUUUUGUGCUAAUAAGGUGAUGUGUCCAAGACAUACCGUUGAACAUACAAUGAAAUCUUCACUUGAAUCAACUAUUUCACAAUUGUUUGAUGAAUUUAAUUCUAAUGCUAGACAAAGAGGACGAUUUUUACAAUUUGAAAAUAUUCAGUAUGGAUAUACAAGAUUAGAGGAAAGAUUUGGUGUUGAUUAUAUUUUAGAUAUGAUACUGUGGUUUAAAAAAUUUAGAUUGCCUCAUAGAGCAACAUUAUCAGUAAGAAGACAUGCAUAUGUUCAACAAAAAUUUGGUGAUAUUGAAGGGAUAUCAGAAAAGAAAGCUCGAAUAUUUGAUAUUAAAAGAGCCGGAAAUUUUGUUAAAAAUAGAAACGAACAAGUUGGUAUGGAUCUUAAUUUACCUGGAACAUCAUUCAUCUACCCAUCAAAAAUAAUUCAUAUUGUUUUACCAUUAAGUGGACGUUCCUCUACUUUAAAAAGAUUUGCUAGAAAUUUAAAAAAUAUUGUAAAAAGAGGAGAACUUGUUUUAAAUAUUGUACGUUAUGAUUCUAAAAAUUCAACAGAAGACUAUAUAAUUAGUAGUAUAUUAGAAGAUUUAAAAAAAACAAUAGAUGUUAAUGAAAUUAAAAUGGGAAAUAAAAAUUUUAGUCGUGGUGUGGCAUUAACUGUUGGAGCUAGUAAAUUAUCGGAUGACUCAUUAAUAUUUUUCAGUGAUGUAGACAUGAUAUUUGACCAAGGUACACUUCAUCGUAUUCGAAUGAAUACUAUUAGGGGCGCGCAGGUAUAUUUUCCUAUUGUAUUUUCACAAUUUUCACCUCAAACAUGGUCUAGAAGUGAUGUAUCAUAUAAAGCAAACAUUGAUAAUACGGAUCAUUAUAUUUAUGAUAAUUAUCGUGGUUAUUUUAGACAUUUUGGAUUUGGUUUAGUUUCUAUAUAUAAAUCGGAUUUUGAUUUAAUUGGAGGGUAUAAUUUAACUAUUAAAGGAUGGGGAAUUGAGGAUGUUGAUUUUUUUUCUAAAGUAAUUAAUUCAACUUUACGGGUAAUGAGAGCACCAGAUCCUGGCUUGGUGCAUAUUUAUCAUGAUGUUAAUUGUUCCGGUGAUAUGCCCAAACAACAAUAUCAUAUGUGCCUUGGUUCAAAAGCGGCUUCAUUAGCUUCAUUAGAUUAUUUAAUAGAAAAAGUUGACAACAUUUAA